UCCUGCCCGCUGCUCUCUCACCCAUAUAAAAAGGAACGCGAGGAAAGAAAACCGAAGCCAAAUCGAAGCAAAACACUCUCUAGCUCGUUAUAAGAAGAAGAAUGCAAGACCAAGCAACUAGCUCGCUCCCUUCGAGCAGCGAGAGAUCGUCGAGCUCGGCGCCGCAAAUGGAAGUCAAGGAAGGACUGGAGAGCGAUGAGGAGAUCAGGAGAGUCCCGGAGUUCGGGGUGGAGCAGGCCGGCCCAUCCACCUCUGGCCGGGAGACAGGUUCCGGGGCCGGAUCCGACCGGGCCAAGUCCUCUGCCCCGGCCGGUCGGCGGAAAAGGGGGAGGAGCCCCGUGGACAAAGAGCACAAGCGUCUCAAGAGGUUGCUGAGGAAUAGAGUUUCAGCUCAACAAGCAAGAGAGAGGAAGAAGGCUUAUUUGAAUGAUUUGGAGGCAAAGGUGAAGGAUCUGGAGAAGAAGAAUUCAGAGAUGGAAGAGAGGCUCUCCACGUUGCAAAAUGAGAACCGGAUGUUAAGACAAGUAUGCGCUCUCCGGCCUCUCUCUUUCUUUUUUUUUUUUUUUUCCUGCAGGUCCAGUGGUACGUUGGGGAGAAAUUAUUGCGUCGACUCGGGCAAAUCUCGGAGCAUAUAUGCACGGUGGAUGAAGCACAAUCUGGAAUUGGUGAAAUACAGGGGAACGUGGCGUGUUAUCCACCGUGGAAUUUGGCGGGGUCCGUUGGAACUAGUUUGGGGGCACAGCACAUCUUAGAAGAUGUAUCAGUGGUGAAUGGGGAAUUUGCAUUUUUGACAAGCAGAGGGAUGCACAAUGAUCGGAGUCAUGCUCGAGAAGUGCGAAUGUACCAUAUACCGGAGAAAUUAUUGCACGCACGAGAUGCAAGUGAACUAAGACAAAUUCCGAAGCAUGUGCACGGUGGAUAGCGCGCGAUCGGGAAUCGGUGAAGGGGUACCGUGCCCAUAGGGUUUGACGCGGUCCAAUACGGAGGCCAUAUAAUGGGGGAGUAUUUUUUUUUUUUUGGUAAUUGGGCCUGCCGGUGUAGGUUCUGUCCUUUUUAGGCCCCAGGACGCGUCCAGUCAUCCAUCGCAGUACGUUUUUUUUUUUUUCCUCUCCCUCACGGUUGCCACGACGACGAUAUAUUAUUUAGUUUUUUUUGGUAGAAGACGAGAUAUUAUUGGUUGAAUGAGAUCCACCACGCUUUUUUGGGACUAGUUCAACCAACGCUGGACGGUGAGCAGGUUUGAUGGAGAAAACAAAGUCAUCGAAGAAAUGGAAAUCUAUCGCAAUUUCAGUUGAGACGAUGAAAAUGGAAACGGAUUAAUCAUGAUUUCCAUUGAUGUGUAUUGUUUAAGUCGCGAUUUCCGUUGAGGCAUAAUCCGUGUGUUUAGAACCCUUUCUCUUGGUUGAAGGCGGAUCCAUUUGGGUUGUAAUCCAUUUUCUUUGCACCCUUUUCAUGGAUGGAAACA